CAUGCACCCGUGGUAGUUUCUACAAUUCUCAACAAUGUCAGUUUCAUUUUUGGCUGAAAAUUCGAAAAUAAUCUACUUCACUACUGCUAAACUCAACGUUCUUAGAAGAUUAUCAAUCAAGCGCAAUGUAGUGUUAAACUAUCGAGCUAUACAGACCGUUGACCUUGAUAAAUAUUCAUUCGCGUGAGAGGUUAGAAACUCCGAGUGCGAGCGUAUUAUUACAAAUUUACUAUUGUAGAAGAUUCCUCAUGUUUAAGUGUAUUCCUUUCUCUCUCUAUAUAUAUAUAAUAUAUCACUCCCUCUCAUAUGUGUGUGGGACGUGAGAACUGAGAAAAGCACUGAGGUGAUCGCGGACUCGGUAUAGAAUAUAGAUAUGUGGAGGUGACCGAGUGAGAAUAAGAGAGACUCGAGGCGGAGAGCACACCUACUUACUCGCGCUAUCUCCUCGCAUUUACGUCGCACAGGUAGUUAGAUCAAUUGACAAAUUCUCUCUCGGGCCCAUCAUUAGUGCAGUGCAUCGCGCGAUGUUUACAACGACGGCAGAGAAGAGACGACAAGGCUCGGCUCUGUUUUAAUUUAAUAAUCCGGUUACCCUUGAAUUACUGUAGCUCGAGAUUCACGAGCGAGAGAUCGUCGGUUAUAUUAGAGGAAAGUAUAUUUAGCAUUGUUUGGUUGGUUGAAAAAAGUGUAGUUUCUGCUUGGUGCAAUAUAAUACAGUGGAAAGAGAUAGAGACUUGAACAUUUGAAUAUCAAGUGGAAGACAUUGCAAACUUGUGAUUUGGAAAGUUAAAUUUAGUGUGUUAAACAUGCCUCAGUUCCACAAACUUGAAAUAAACAAGACAGAAUGGGAAGUUCCAGAGAGGUAUCAGAUGCUGACUCCUGUUGGAUCAGGUGCUUAUGGCCAAGUUUGCUCUGCUUUAGACACAACUAGUGGUUGCAAGGUAGCCAUAAAAAAAUUGGCAAGACCAUUUCAGUCCGCUGUCCACGCAAAACGUACUUACAGAGAGCUCAGAAUGCUUAAACAUAUGAACCAUGAAAAUGUGAUAGGUUUGUUGGACGUAUUUCAUCCAAGCACGUCUCUUGAAGAUUUUCAACAUGUAUACCUGGUAACACAUCUUAUGGGUGCUGACUUAAAUAACAUUGUUAGAACUCAGAAACUUUCCGAUGACCAUGUCCAAUUCCUUGUUUAUCAAAUACUCAGAGGUUUAAAAUACAUUCAUUCAGCUGGAAUCAUUCAUAGGGAUCUAAAACCUUCAAACAUAGCAGUAAAUGAAGAUUGUGAAUUGAAAAUUUUAGACUUUGGUUUGGCUAGACCUACAGAAAAUGAAAUGACUGGUUACGUAGCAACAAGAUGGUAUAGGGCACCAGAAAUCAUGCUCAACUGGAUGCACUAUAAUCAAACAGUUGACAUUUGGUCUGUUGGAUGCAUUAUGGCCGAGUUGUUGACGGGAAGAACAUUAUUCCCAGGAACAGAUCACAUCGAUCACCUAACUCGAGUUCUCGUGCUUUGUGGUACACCCACAGAGGAAACUUUGAGCAAAAUUACUAGUCAAGAGGCGAGAAAUUACAUACAGAGCUUACCGCCUUUGAAGAAGAAGAACUUCAAAGAAGUUUUCCGAGGAGCUAAUCCGUUGGCCAUUGAAUUAUUGGAAUUGAUGCUGGAGUUGGACGCCGAGAAAAGGAUAACGGCUGAACAAGCUCUGGCCCACCCAUAUCUCGCUCAAUACGCCGACCCUACAGACGAGCCCGUCUCCUUGCCCUACGAUCAAAGCUUCGAAGAUAUGGAAUUACCGGUCGAAAAGUGGAAAGAACUAGUCUACCACGAAGUCGUAAACUUUGUACCUCAGCAGCAAAUGCUACCAGCGGACACCGCCUGAAAAUUAUCACAUAAGCGUCAAUUCGUUACACCAAGAGUAACCGGCCAUACUACGUAAUAUCUCAUAAAAAUCAAACUACAAAUUAACAUUGAUAAUAACAAGUACAACGAAGAAAGUGUAGGAUUGUAUAAUCGUACGAUUUUUAGUAAUAUGUACAGAUGCGAUUCCGACGACAGACGCGGAAAGAGUUUAUUCGAGCUUAUAUCUUUAUAAUGUGCAAAGAUUAUAUUUUUGUUACAAUAAUGAAUAAAUGAAGUUAAAAAAAAA